AUGUCUGACUUACAAAAUAAAAAUACAACUAUUUUAGCUUCAUCUUAUCAACCACAAAUUAAUGAUACAUUUGAAAGUCAUAGUGAAUUUAUUGACAAAAUUAAAAACUAUGCACAAAAUCUUGGUUUUACUAUUAGACUUGGAAAAUCUGAAUAUCUUAAGAAAUCUGAAAAUAAAGAAGAAAAUGCUUUAAAAGAACAUAACUCUAAUAAUGAAAUUUCAAAAAAAGAACGAAAUCGAGUAUCUCAGCAUUGUGGCUGUUCUUUUUAUAUUCGUGCUUCUUUAAAUAGUUUAAAUAGCUUAUGGUACAUCAUUAAUAUGAAUCUUAUUCAUAAUCAUCAAAUAGUUGAAGAAAAUCAUAGAUUUUUUAUGUCUAAUAAACGAAAUAUUCCUGAUGAUGUCAAACAGUGA